GGGAUCGAGAGUCUGUAGGGUGCCUGGUGGUGAACACGAUAGUCAGGCACGAGCUGAAUGGAGUGCUCGACGUCACGCAUCAGUGGGAUGCCGGCGUACGAGAACGACGAUGGAAAAACGUCAUGGUACUCUCGGAUGAGGUCACGAACUGCGGGCUCCAAGUCAGCCGUAUAUCGUGCGAGUUCCUCGGCGUCAGCGUCAGCGCGCGACGGCGGGGUGGACUCGACGGACGGCGGAGGGACGGAAGUAGAGAUGGGAGCCAUGGAGAUAGAGGGAGGAUCUGGCUCCAUAGGGAUGAGCUCGGCGUCGGGACAGGGUGGAUCAUAGUGUAAGAGAUCCGUCACGUCCACCAUAAAGAAGGUGACGUCGUCCUGUCGAAUGAAGUGAGCGAACUGCCGAGGCGAGGUGACAGUGAUAGAGGGAGAUGGUGUGGGCACUGAAGGCUCCAGGGGAGGAGGAUCGGGGCGUGGUGUCGCCGUGGUACCUAUGAAAGGUACGCGAUACGUCUGUCCACACUUCGUUUUGAGAACGAGAAUGUUGGUCACCCAAUCGGCCUUGGUGCUGCGGAACCGACGAGACCACAGAGUGCCGAGAAUGAAGUCGUACCCCGUCU